AAUAAAAAAGGGGAAAAAGAAAAUAGGAAGAGGAAGACAAGAAACUCGAGACGAUGGAACCGCACUGUCCUCCUAAAUUCCCAAACAUGGCCACCGAACCCUCCUUCCUCUCUCUCCACCUCCAAGUGACUUGAGGAGACCCAGAGGAGGAAGCGAAGGAAGAAGAAGGGGCCUUUUGAAAUCUUGAAGAGGGCUGAGCUGAGUCGGAAGAUCUAAGUCGAAAGGCUGAAAGGGGCGUUGAACGGUGGUGACAUGAGCGGCGACGCGUCUGUCGGCGGAGGCGGCGGCGGAGUAGGAGGAGGAGGAGGAGGAGGGGGAUGGCCGCCGUUCACGGCGGCCCAGUGGCAGGAGCUGGAGCACCAAGCCCUCAUCUUCAAGUACCUGAAGGCGGGACGUACUGUGCCUCCUGAUCUUCUCGCCCCCAUCCACCGAAGCUUGGAGUCCAUGUCUGCUAGGUUACUUCAUUACCCCAGCUUUGGUUAUUACUCCUUCUAUGGGAAGAAAAUAGACCCUGAACCAGGUAGAUGUCGAAGGACAGAUGGUAAGAAGUGGAGGUGCUCUAAAGAUGCACACCCUGACUCUAAGUACUGUGAGCGGCACAUGAACCGUGGCCGCUACCGUUCAAGAAAGCCUGUGGAAUCACAAACUGUCUCUCAGACUCUGUCAACCGCCACAUUAGACGUUGCUACCGGGAGCUCUAGUGGUGGCAGAAGCUUCCAGAAUCUGCCUUCACAGUCCCUUUGUAAUCCUGUGAACUUGUGCUUUGGAAGUGGCCUCUCGCAGUUGCAGGUGGAGACUUCACCAUAUGGGAAUUUGAACAAGUACAGUGAACUCAAGCCUGGAGGAGAUGCACGCAAAUCCAUGAUGGGAGCGCCUGGGACUAUAAAGAUGAACUCUCUUUUAGACACCCAUCAUGCAGCAUCUCAAGCACCUGCCGACCUCUUAUCAGAAACAGGGAACAGCUCUCCUCUGCAAGAAUUCGGCCGCUUGCCUUCUGAUGCGACAUCAAAGCAACAGAAACAACAUCAUUUCUUUGGCAUGGAUUUCAGCUCACCUGGUCCAGUGAAGCAAGAGCAGCAACCGGUUCAGCUCUUCUUUGAUGACUGGUCAGAGACCAGAGAGAGGAGGUUCUUCUUUGAUGGUCAAAGGUCUGACAUGGUUUCUUUCUCCUCUGCUCAGUCGCAUCCAUCAGGGUACUCAGGCAGCAAUCUCUCAGAUUUGUCGAGAAGGGAUGCAUAAUUGCCUAUUUAUCCUUUUUCUGCAACUAUGUGCCGCCCUCAAAAUGUUGGAAUGGUAUCUCAGCAACUCCUGCUUGGUUCAGAUAAGAUGUGUAUUUUAAUGUUGUUCAGCUCUGACAAUGAUGUCUCAUCAACAAUGUUGUACCGAUCUUUUAGAAGUUAAUUUCGCGCUCAAGUAGCGUCCCUGGAAUAAACCAUGUGUCUUGCGCAGACUGGAGAUUUCAUACUUCCAGUACAACAAGAGCUGAUAAAUUUGGGAAUCUUUGAUAUUAACGAUGUUGCACUUUGAUGGUGCUGUUGUAUUAUGAAUGAACAUGUAGCUUAUCUUGACAUAUUUGGUUUCUUUGUCUAA